AUUCCGAUGUACUGAGAGGGGUUGAUAUUGACCUCUGAUAUUGGUACCCUGCAGGAAAGUUCACGAACGUAGUUUGUCACUGCCCWAAAGAGUCUUCCUUUGUUUAAAGACAUAAAAGAUGCUGACCGAAAUUGGGAUCCUAUUGGUAACAUUGCUUCUGGUAAUCCUCGCCAUUCAAUGGGCAUCAACACCUCGCGGUCUUCCUCCAGGUCCACCUCGGUUUCCACUCGUCGGUACGCUUCCAAGUUUGAUUCUUUACAAAUGUGGUUUCAUUUUCCAGACCUUGGAGAACCUGGCUAARGCUUAUGGYGAUGUSUUCACRGUGUAUCUUCCAGGACGUGCAACCGUUGUAAUCAAUUCAGUGCAGCUUGCUCGAGAAGCUUUAGUUAACCAAAAAGACGCGUUUUCAGGCAGACCAUACCUUUUCACCACUCACUACCUCUCGCGUGGUGGGAAAGGCCUCGGAUUCAGUGACUAUGGCCCCGCUUUAGUGCACUGUCGCAAGAUUGUUCACUCUGCAUUUCGUAUGUACAAUCCCCAUUUAGAAGGAAGGAUUCUACAAGAAGCUGAUGAACUGACAAAGAGGUUGCAGAACUAUAAUGCCAAACCAUUUGAUCCUAAGAUGGACAUAUGCCUUGCUGUUGUUAAUGUGCUACAUGGAAUCCUGUAUGGUACAAAGUCCUUUGGAUUGAAAGACCAAGAGUUUGUUGACCAUGUUGAGUUCAGCAGUGGAGUUGCCCAUAUGCUAGCACCAAUGAACAUCUUAAAUAUCUUCCCGUGGCUCAUUAAUUUUCCCGUUAAGCCGACGAAAAUGUUGAAUGAGCUGAUAUCUAAAAGGGCAAGGAUAAGAGAUGCGAGAUAUUAUAGAAUCAAGGAAACUUUUCAAGAAAACAAGGUGCGUCAUCUACUGGACGCUCUUCUCCAGGCCAGACUCGAAGAGGAGAGAGAAGACGCUAAAGCACGCGAAAUGGCAGACGAUUCUUACAUAAUGUCCUCCAGUGACGCGCUCUUCCGAGCUGGAAGUGAAACGACUACCUCCGUACUUCAUUGGAUGGUAGCAAGCAUGCUGAACURUCCUGAGAUCCAGGAGAAAAUACACGCAGAGCUAGUUGAACAGUUUGGUAACGAUSGCAAAGUUGAACUGAACAAGAGAAAAGAUUGUCACCUUUUGGAGGCCACUUUGACUGAAGUGAAUCGAUUCUUCUCCAUUGCGCCUGUAUUCCCACACAAGACAAAGUGUGAUACCACCUUAGAUGGUUACAGAAUCCCUAAAAAUACUACAAUCCUGAUGAAUUAUUAUGCUAUCAACCACGAUGACAGAGAAUGGAAAGAUCCCUUGGUAUUCAAACCAGAACGGUUCUUGGAUGGUGAUGGUCACUUUACCGGAACCCUGAAAAAGAGUUACAUGCCUUUUGGAGCGGGGAGAAGAACAUGCAUUGGAGAAUCUGUCGCCAAACAAGAGCUUUUCCUUCUGUCAGCCAGUGUACUUCUGAAGUUCAAGUUUGAAAAUCCUCCUGGAUGUCCCUUGCCAAAUCUAAGCGAUGGGGAACUGGGACUGACUUUUCAGUGCAAACCGUUUAAAGUCAUCGCUAAGGAACAUUUGCGGGAUCUUCGCAAAGAAAGGACACACCGACAUUUUCCUUUCAAAAGUUUGCCAAAUUCUCUGAAUUUACUAACGCUUAUGAUGAGUGAUUGCGAAAAAGAAGAUGAUGGAGCUUUGGAUGAGGAUAUUUUUAAAGGAGAUGAAGAAGAAGAUUUUAAAAACGACACUUUUGAAGAACUGUAUGCAGACUUGGGCGAGAGACAAGAAAUGCACUACAACGAACUGAAGUCCUUGUAUGAUGAAAGUCAGAAAAAAGUAAAAGAGCUGUCAAAAGAGAAUCAAGUUCUGAAGGAUCAAAAUAUCAUCUUAAAGAAGAACAUUUCAAGCUUAUACCUGACAGCAAAGGAAGAAAUACAGAGAAAGGAUGCUCAACUUAAAAAUCUACAAGAAAGAGAAACAAAACGAAAGCAGUUGUAUGCACAGAADUUUCAAAAUAACCAAAGCUAAAUACUCCUGUCAUGUGUUCUCCCUAGGGGGGUGGAGUGUAUUUUCAAAACGUGGUUCCAUAUAUUUACAUUACCCCCCUCCCUUCUCACCAGCCCCUCUCUGGUACAGCUUCCAAGACCUUUAUCUCAAAAGCUAGCUGUACCAUUGGAAUUGGUUGAGAGAAUAGAAUGUUGAGCAUAUGCAACAAGUUUCAGUUUCAUUGCAUAGCUCAAUGUCAAAGAACAAACACUAGAUUUCUAUGGAAUGUAAAUGUUUGGUGUUUUCUAGUUGUAUAAUCAUGAAGAUAUACAAAAAGAAGUGUACAAAACAGUGUAAAAAAGAAGUGUAAAAUACAAUUAUUUAUUGAGAUACAUGAGUGCAUUCUUCUUGCAUUUUUAUGUACAAACUGUUCUAUUUUGCUAUAAAAUUUGACUAUUCUCAUUUACUACAUUGGGCCUAUUUCAAAAUUUCAUGUCUAAUUACAUUGUAGAGAGUUUUGGAUCCUUUUCCUUAUGUUUCCUUUAUACAAUAAAGUGAAAUAGGUAAUUAAAAAAUUAGUAUUUUUUUUUCAAUGCCAAAAGCAGUUUCUUUAACCAGGUUUAAAUUCCCACAUUUGUAAAACUUAUAAUUAAUAUAACAAUGUCAGGAUUACUUUCAAGGAACUGUUGAAGUAACACAAUAAUUGUGCCUUCAAUUUCUUGUACAAUUGAAAGAAGCAAAUACAAUAAAAAAGCAGUAAAAUAAAUAAUUAAAUAAAA